UGUCUGAAUGGAAUCAUGGCGGAGACGAUGGAAGGUGCGCCAGGGAACUUCGCGACGAUGGAGAAUUCGGACGACAAAAAGGCCUCUAUUGCAGGAAGCGAUUUGUCGGAACGUGAAGAAUCAUCAGAAGAGGAAUUAUACGAAGUGGAGAGAAUUAUGGGGAUGUCUAAAGCAAGCGGAAAGACACUGUACAAAGUGCGAUGGAGAGGGUACGGAGCUACCGACGACACCUGGGAACCGAUAGAAAAUCUACAGUCAUGUCUCGACCUCAUCGAGGAGUUUCAGAAGAAGAGAGAAGAGCAGCAAUUGAAAAGAGCAACAGAAAGAAAGAAAAGAAAAGACAUGAUGGAGGGUCGUAUUCUUGUGGAACCAGACAAUUCACGGGAGGGGUCUCCAGCACAAAUCCCUACCACACUGAAGGACACCUUUUGGAAGGACCUGGAAGAAGGUCGUCUAAACCUCUUUGCCACAGACAUGUAUUCUCGUGUAAAGGGUGGGGGUAGAGCUCCUAAAUCACCAAAGGAUGAAGAUGAGGAUGAAGAGGAGAAAACCCAUCGAAAACGAGGGAAGAAGAAUUCCUCAAGAAACAUCAGAGAAAGGGAUAAAGGCAGACGAAGAAGCAGACUGAGACCGAAGCAACAUUCCUCAAAAAGUUCCCUGGUCAGUGUUGUGACUGAUUCCGACUCCUCAUCCAGUGAUAUUGAAAACAUCAGUAGAGACUCUGUGCCCAUCAGUUACAAUGGCAGCGAAGAAUCAGUGCAGACUGAAAUGUGCAAUGGAGAGAAAAGUGAAGUUCUAACAGUUAAUUCCACAGAGAAGAGAGAGAAUGAACAGUUUACUGAUGAAGUGAAGACAAAGAAGCCCAAGAAACAUAAGCUAAGUGCUUCCUCCUCAGGUUUGAAAGACAAAUCUAACACAGAGAAAAGAGACUCAUUUACCAGUGUGAAAGUCAAAUCUGUGACCUCUAAAGACAGCAAGGAAACAGGCUCAUCCAAAACACCAAAAAUUGACACAUUAAAACGGGAAGCUAUGAUUGAUAAACCGUCUAGUCCUAUAAAGUCCUAUUUGUCAGGGGGUAGUACACCUCCAAGGAAAAUGUCUGUGGAAUCUCCGAGUGAAAAUCGGCAGCUGCAGGCUCUCGCCUCAAGUACUCCCAACGAUACAGGGUCAAGGUCAGACAGACAGAGACUGUCCAAUAAUUCAGACAAUAGUUUUACCGGUAACAAUGGACACAAGAGAAAACAUAAUUCUGAUUCAAGUAGUGCUAGACCCAGUAAACAACGAAAAGACUCUGACUUCUCCGAUAGUGGCAUGGGUAGUUCCGUCAGUAGUGUUACUAGUCAAGACUCCGAUAGGGGAAAUAAAUCAGGUGUUAAAAGGCGUGAUUCUGUGGAUUUCUCACAGCCGUUAGACGAUAUUUGGAAUGGAUCAUUCUUACCGUUAUUACCAGAAAGUACCAAAUCAGAAGGCAGAGGUGCUGACCUAAGCUUUGAUAUUGAACUAGAUGAUAUAGACCUGGACGAUUUGGAUAAACAAAAGAAUGCUGAUGAUGGAGAAGAAAUUGUUGAUAUAAGUGAUGAAAACUUCAGACAGGCAGUAAUGGAAGGAGAUUAUUUGUUGGUGAAAAAGGCACUGAGCAGCAAAAAGAAGUUUGAUGUGGAAUCUGUGGAUGAUUUGGGGAUUACGUUGCUGAUGUAUUCAGCUCAAAAUGGUAAUGAUGAUAUAGCAGAGCUGCUAGUCAACCACAAAGCAAACAUCAAUGCGCAGCAGCAUAAUGGCACAACAUCCCUCAUGCUGGCCUGCGAACAUGCCCACAUAUGCACAGUAGCACUUCUAGUUGAACUUGGAGCCAAUGUCAAUCUGCAGCAGACAACAGGUGAAACAGCACUAAUGAAGGCAGUGAGAAGAGGCCAUAAACAAAUUGUGAAGUUUUUGUUGGAGCAUGGUGCUAACUUCUCGGCUCAGAACAACUCCGGAUUUACAGCAGUAACGUACGCCAAAAUGAUGAGAUUGACUGAGAUUGAGGACAUCAUUGUCGAUUAUAUCUCCAGGUUAACCAAUGAGUUUGACAAACAAGUUGCUAUCACAUUGAACAGUACAGCUAAAAUCAUCAGUGCUCUCUUCCCACUCCAGUGCUUCCCGCUGUCCGAGGGAGAAAAGUUUUCUGUCAACUUCAAACAUGAACUUCAGGCUAACACACCAGGUGUAGGCUACCUUCUGUUUGUGGCCCAUGCUCGAAUUACAGCCCAGGAUAUCCGCUGCAGGUUCUAUGGCCCUUGUGCUGUACAGAAUGUCUCACUCAACGGUGUCCAGCAGCCACCACUUACAGAGGAAGCCAACUUCGUGUUGUCCUGUUGUCCACUACAACAUGGAAGGAAUGAGGUUAUCAUCAAUACGGUACCAGCUCCAGGGUCAAAGGCAAAACUAGUGGUAUGUGCAUACAAAGCCCAGCUAAUUGACACCUAGAUUGUGAUUGUACUAGAUUCCUGGACAUAGACACAGAUUUUUGUGGGGAGAAUAUCCCGGACAUAAACACAAAGAUUUGUGUGGCGAAAUUUCCCAUGACUCCCAGACAAAGAUGUUUAGAUUUGUAUGGAGAGUGUCCCUAACAUAGAUAUGUCCAAGGAAUUUGAAGUGAUCCUGCACAUACACUUGUGGAGGGGGAUUCUAUGGAUUUGUGUGGGGGUAGUCUUAGUGUCCCGUACAUCACAGAAGAAAUCUCCACCGACUCCAUACUUGUUGAUCUCAUUCAUUGAAAUAUGUGUUUCCUCUUCCACUGAUCUCACAUAUGAAGACAAAAUGGAGAAAUUAUAAUAACAUUAUCAUUGUGAAGAUUUGGUAUCGGCAAGUUUGAACAACAGUUGGAACCUAGUUCAUGUUUGUUCACAAACUUGGUAGUUUACAUAUUAAAAUUCUGGUUUGAGGGAUUUGUGAUAAACACACAGGAACCAAGCUCCUGGUCACCUUAACAGACUUUAUGUGUGUGACAUGGUACUGAUAUAUAAGUGCAGUGAGCCAAUACCAUAGCCCAUAGGCCUCUGUGUAUGUUGGCACGGACAGCCAGAGAUAAGACUCUUGCCUCUGUAAAGUUGCAUCCUAUCAAAGACUGGGUUGAUAAUUCAUUAUGUAUUUUGGGAUGGAGAUUUUUUUGUCUUGAUUUGGAAAGAAAAUUGAUUGAUUCGGAAGCAAAUUUUUAGACUUUACUGCUGCAAACUUUGGGAAUUGUGCUUAAAUACAGGUACAGAUAGUUUUAUUUUGGCACUGGUUUCAUUAUUGACUCCAAAAAGUCUCAAGCAAUAUUGGCUCAGACUAUAAAAUAUAUACAGGCCAAUAGGCUAUGGUAUCUGCAUCUACUACAUACAUAUGUAUGUGUGUACAGGUACAUUUACUACGUGUAUGUGUGUACAGGUACAUUUACUACGUGUAUGUGUGUACAGGUACGUUUACUACGUGUA